AAAGAGACAGUAGGAAUUUCAAGCUAAGGUUGCAACAAGGAAAAACAGCUGCGAAUACACACUCCAAACAAGAUUAAACGCACACAGAGGAAGGGAUGUAGCCUGCUAAGUCAAACAAGACGUGUGACAAGACGUGGUUCAAGAAGUGUCCGUGUAUCUCCACCCUUCGCCUCCGCGGCUCACACGGUUAACUUCUGGCUUCCAUUUCCAAGUGGCAACGGCUGCAGCCAGCACGGCAGAGGAAACAAAAAGGCCAAACUCCGAGACGACAGGAAUGCGUCAGUCCUCACUGUCUGACUGAAUUUGCUUCCCUGCCUCCACCUUUAUUCAGGGCGAAGGAAACGAAGAAACAAGUGAGUCAAGACAGAGGGGAUCCAGCAGAUGCAGCAGAGGAGAACUGUGUCACUCCUGCUGACCUAAAAAUAAAGGAAGGAAGGAGACUAACCUCAUCUUUGAGACAGGGGAAUCUGGGUGGAAUGACCCAGCCAUGAUGCCACAGCCGUGUCCCAAGUCACACCCAGGUAACCACGGAAGGUUCACCUGGCUGUCAGCCAAUCAUAGAGGGAGUGGCAACAGAAUUACUGCCAGCACGGAUUCACAGAUCUUCCCUUUCAAGAGCUCUCUGCCGUACUGACACUGCGACAAUUACUGGUGUGUGAGUGGUUGUGCCAUUAACAUAUUGGUCCUGCUCCCCGUUUCCUGGUUAUCUGCUUGGUGAUGACGGCAUCCUUUCAUGCCAGCUUCAGGAAACAUGGAUGAAAUCCAAGAAUGGUUUAUUUAGACACAUCUUUCUGAUGUAUCAGAGACUCAUCAACACAAUUACACAAAGGUGGUGUGUGGCCCAUCAUCUUGUUUUGAUGCCACCAAAUUCAUACUUGUAGGACAAAUCUCCUUUCUUGAGGAACAUCAGCUUCUGCCGUCAGGUAUUUCUUAGGACCUUCUUGACCUUGUUGCUCAGAAGUUGAGCCUCUUGCAGCAAAACCAUGAGGCACAUUCAUGUAGAGCUGGCCCAGAAAAAGGCUCAGCUGGAGCUGCCAGCUCAGGAGGGGGACCUGCCUCCAUCUCCAACAGUAGCGGGGGCGCCCAGGCGCCUUGACCAAGAAGAGCUGCGGCUCCAAAAGGUUUACCAGCUUUCCAUUUUCUCUCAAAUGGGAGGAUUUUCUCCCUCUUCUGGAUCUCAUAGUGAUGAUGCCCAACAGAGAUCAUGUCGGUCUGGUUGCAAAAGAGGAAUAGAUGAGCCUCAGCUGACUCAUAAGCGUUCCCACCUGGAAGACAUAUCAGACAAUGAGCUGAUGGAGGGAGGCGUAAUAUGUGGGUCCACCGUAGCUCCAGCCAAUGGGAAUGGGUCUGUGAUUGGGGCUGGUGGACCUGUUUCUCCAUACUCUUUCAUACAAAUGGAGCAUAGAGAUUCUGAAGGUGGACUGUCACCUAGGUCACCACCGCUCUCCCCGAGCCAAACUCCCUCCCGGCGACCAGCUCAGCACAAUCACGAUAGACCCAUCCCUGAUGCGUUUGCUCCACUUUCCCCAAAAUCUCCACCAAUGUGCGACCCACACGGGCACAUCUGUGACCAGGGACACUCAAAUGGAAACUCCAUAAGGACCGAAACAAUUAAUGGAGUCCGCACAGCAACCCACCUGUUAGGCAGCCCUGGACAUGACUGCUGCAGUAAUGGCUCAUCUGGAGGCCAGCCCAGCCCCUUCCUAUAUGAAAUGUCCGCAUAUGAAACUCCUAACCCUGCCAGCCCCACAAGUCCUCCGGGGCCCUUCUCCCCUCCACACCACACAGAGAUGCAGGAACCAGGGGAAGCUACUGAAUGGGACAUCGGUCUUGAAUCCUCUCCCCCUGAACGAAGUGCCACCCAACAGGCCACUUUGUCAAAUGGUCUGGCUUCUUGGGAGAAAACUCCAAGCAGUAAUGGUCACCGUCUACUGUCUGGAGGCCAUUGGCCCGCCAAAAAGAGACUGCUUUCACCAAGCGACGCAGCAGACUCGUGCUCCGAAGAUGAGGGGCCUUCUACAUCUAAAAGAAGCAGGCUGUCCUUGCUGACUUCUGGCGUGGGACUGGCCUCAUGUCGCAGCACUGAUGCUAAAGCUGCUCCGUACUGGAACCACCUGCUUCCUCAUACACGAGACCGACCUAAGACUGCCACAGACUGCACCAGAUCUGGGAGACGACUAAAGACUGGGCUGCGCUUAAAAAGUCGCCAGCUUCGCAGCGGAAGGCAGACCGGCAGAGCCACACGUUGGUCCUCGUCUUCCAUCAGUCGCUCGCUGCUCGGCAACUUUGAGGAGUCCAUACUGAAGGGCAGAUUCUCCCCAUCUGGGCAGAUUGAAGGCUUUACAGCAGAGAUUGGAGCCAGCGGCUCCUACUGCCCGCAGCACGUCACUUUGCCUGUGCAGGUUACUUACUACGACAUCUCAGAGCACAGCGCGCCCUCACCCUUCCUGGGAGUGAUUUCUCUGGAGCCUCUUGGAAAAAAAGGAUACAGCAUUCCCAAAGCAGGGACCAUACAAGUGACCUUAUUUAAUCCCAAUAAAACUGUGGUGAAGAUGUUCCUGGUGACAUACAACUUUGAAGACAUGCCAGUCAAUCACAUGACCUUCCUUCGUCACCGUAUCUUCCUGGUGCCGGUGGAAGAAGACGGCGAGGGGAAAGACAAGGUGUCUCUAGGAGGGGGAGUGCUAGACAGGAGGAGGAUUCUUUGCUACUUGAUACAUCUCAGAUUCCAGAGUUCCAAAUCUGGAAAAAUUUACUUGCACAACGAUAUCCGGCUGCUAUUUUCCCGUAAAUCCAUUGAAGUGGAUACAGGGAUACCGUAUGAGCUGAAAUCUUUCACCGAGGUGCCAAGAAACCCUAAAUACUCUCCCCGUAUGUGACACCGGCAACCUUUUGAAGUUUCCACCAAUUUAAAGAAACGGAGACCUUCCGUUGUUUCCUUAAAAAUGACUGCAAGAAUGAUGGACUCAUCACCUAAUGAAGACUGGAUCAAAUAUUUCUCUGUGGAAAAGUCUGUGAUAUUCUUUCAAUUUCAAUUUGGAAACAGUUUAAAAGAAAUUCACAAAACAUAGACAUUGCAAAUGUUGUGGUCAUCUGUUCGCUUCAAAAUAUUUAAAACAAAGAAGUCAGGGAAGGGACUGAUGAGCAAGCAUACAAGCCGGACGUUUUCCAUGCCUUCAGCAAAAGAAAUGCACAGAUUCUGACACACACACCAAAAAAGACUGAUGCAAACCAAGGACUAAUAACUUUUGGUGGAAACUCGCUGAGUCGUGUUAACAUGCAUGCCUUGUAACUUAAACACCUGAGUUUUUCCUCUAGUGCCGUUUCACACUGUCCUUCACUCUGCCUGCAACAUCAGCUGCAUCAUAGCACCAGUAAUUGUAGCUCUGCAACUUUAGAUUAAAAUGAAGAAGAUCCACAAUGUCAUAAAAACUAGAACGUGUUGGAUAGGAAGCACUUUUACAACUCUCUAAUGGGGGAGAUGGGAAAGAGACAAACACUAGUGAAGGUAGGAGC